AUACAAGGACUCAAAUUUUUCUUCAAUCAAAUCAUUAUACUAUAAAGUCUUCCUUUCGGCACGCAAAUAUGAUAGCGAAUAGAGGAAGUAGGGUGGACAGCCCUCAUCGCGAGGAGCUGCGUCUCCCAAAUUUGAAGCCCGACGACAUCAUAAUCGCCGUGAUGGGUAUCACUGGGUGCGGAAAGACAACAUUUGUCAAUCUAUUUGCAGAGGAAAAACUUGAGGUUGGACAUGGCUUAGAUUCAUGCACAACAGCAGUACAGGUAGCGACUUACAAGGCCGAAGAUGGCACCAAUAUAUACCUGGUUGAUACACCAGGCUUCGACGAUACGUACCGGUCUGAUUCUGAAAUCCUACGAGAGGUUGCCAUUUGGCUUAGUAAAGCGCACAUGUCGAACGUGAAGCUCGCGGGUAUAAUCUACCUCCAGAGGAUAUCUGACUUUCGAGUGGGUGGCAGCGGCAUCAAGAACCUCAAAAUGUUUCAGAAAUUAUGCGGCGAGGAAACUCUCGCCAGCGUAGUCCUAGCGACGACCAUGUGGGACCAAGCAGGCGAGCAAGCAGCGAAGGAGAGGGAAAAGCAACUGAAAAGUGAACCUCAGCUUUGGAAGAGGAUGAUAGAUCACGGCAGUAAAGUUUAUCGCCACGACAAGGGCAAAGAAUCAGCGCUCAAAAUCAUCAAUUAUCUUAGAGGCAGGAAGCGGCCAGUCACACUCGAUAUCCAACGCGAAAUGGUCGACCAGGGAAAAGAUCUGGUUGACACAGGCGCAGGCGGAGAGCUAGCCUCGACAGUGGAACACCUUAUCAAGCAUUACGAGAAAAAGCUGAAAGACUUGGAAAGGGAGGUAAAAGAAGCGCGAGAGAAGCAAAGCAAAGAGGAUAAAGAGAUCCGCGAACUGGAAAGAAAGGAAUAUCAAGAGAAGCUCACUAAGCAGUAUCAGGAGAUGGCCAGUCUCCGACUCAGCUCCGAGCAGAUGAUCGAGGAGACGAGGAAACGUUUUGAAGAGUACGAGAAGAGGCAGCAGGAAAGCUUGAAACUUGCACACGAGGCUCAUGCAUUGGAUUUGGAGAAGCAGAGGAUAGUGGUGCAGAAACAGUUGAAGGAAAGGUAUCUUCGGCAAAUGGCUAAUCAGCCAUGCGUGAUGAUGUAG